UUUCCGUUGCUGUUGGCUGAUGUUGAAGCAGGAUCUAAUUUGGAUGGGGUCUGUGGUGCACUAGAGGAUAGGCGACCACAGCUCCAGGAUGAAACAAAACAAGACGACGCGGGUGAUUCUCUUACACCCACAUCUUCAGUAACAGCUAAAGAUGCUACUGAUCAACAUCGCGAAGCAAAUGCAACUACGUCUAGCGCUUCCUCGACUACAACAGGAACGGCGAAGCGGAUGCCUUGGGCGCCAAGGGCGACGAAGAACAAACGGCAAGCCGAACAAGAGGAGCGUGAGGGGAUGAUUUAUCCUAUAGAUGCACACUGGCAGGCUACGCUCCGCCACAUUGCGGGUGUCGGAGAAUCCGUUUGUGACGCCAUUUUCCCGCGACAGAACAACAACAAGGAACAGGAAAUACUGCUGAGGAAGACGUUUUUAGAAGACAGUAGUGCCAGUACUAGUUCUAGUUUAUGGUUAGCUUUUAUCCACCCUUCUCGGCAUUUUGAUCCCCUUCCCCCUUGUAUUCUCAUGAAAUACAAGGUUAAAGGGGUCGAGAUGAGGGGACCAAGAUGGAUUAGAGCUGAGUCUAACUAAUAGUAGUUCUUUGAGCAGAACCAACGAACGAGCGACGCCAGGUAAUGAUGGUGGUC